AUGAUAAAUACAGAUGCAGAACCCAAAGUCAAUAUUCCAGAGAGCUCCAGCAUCUCAGAGCAAGAAAGGACCUGGAGACCAUCUCAUUCAACCCACUUAUUUUCCAGAAUCAACUCCAAAAUGACUAAUCAAACUCAGUGUCAACACUGCAUGAAAUUACUUUUUGGAAAGAAGUAUACACUAAAGGACAACGAGGCUUACUGUAUUCCUUGUUACGACCAACUCUUUUCUAACAUCUGUGAGGAAUGCAAGAAAACCAUUGGGUGUGAUUCAAAGGAUCUUUCCUACAAAGACCGACAUUGGCAUGAAGAGUGCUUCAAGUGUGCCAAGUGUAAUCACUCUUUGGUGGAAAAGCCUUUUGCUGCCAAGGAUGAAGUCUUGCUGUGUACUGAGUGUUAUUCUAAUGAGUAUUCCUCCAAGUGCUUCCAGUGUAAGAAGACCAUUAUGCCUGGCUCUCGCAAAAUGGAAUUCAAGGGAAAUGAAUGGCAUGAAACCUGUUUUGUUUGCUAUUCUUGCCAACAACCUAUAGGAACAGACCCUUUAAUCUCCAGAGAGAAUAAAAUCUACUGUGUGCCCUGUUUUGAGAAGCAGUUUGCUCCACGCUGCAGCUCUUGCAAGAAGGUGAUAACUACUGGAGGAAUGACUUACCAUGACCAGCCCUGGCAUAAGGAAUGCUUUCUGUGCACUGGUUGCAAGAAACAGCUGUUUGGAGAAAGUUUUGUUUCCAGAGACGAUCAUCCGUAUUGCCAAGAUUGCUUUGCCAACCUUUAUGCCCAGAAGUGUGAGGCCUGUAACAAACCCAUCACUGCACUCGGAAGUCCCCAGUACAUCUCUUUCCAGGAACGUCAGUGGCACAGUGAUUGCUUCAGAUGUGGGAAAUGCAACAUCUCCUUAGUGGGCAAAGGCUUCCUAACUCAUCAGGAGACCAUUCUCUGCGGGGAAUGUGGUUCCAACACAGAGUCUGAGAUCUGAGUGGAGCAACCUACCUUUCACCUGUGUUUCUUGAGGGUUUCAUGCUCACUAAAUCUAGAACUCACUUGAAGAUG